UUGUCUAAAAUCCUCCGAGUACUAAAAUAAAAAUGCACACGUAAGAAUUUAAUAACGCGUUCAAUUUUUAUAAUUUCCUUGCAUUAUUCGGCAUCAUGUCAGCCACAGCUAAUGGAGUUGACCCCGCUCUCGUUACCAGAAUAGUGGACAGGGUGAAAUCUCAAGGAAUAUUUGAUCAGUUUCGGCGUGACUGUCUUGCAGAUGUGGACACCAAGCCAGCAUACCAGAACCUGGGAACCCGGGUGGAGGGCUAUGUGUCCUCUUUCCUGACCGAUUUUGUAUGGACACCGGACAUGAACAAGAACCAGCUGAGGAACAGUCUCAGGAGACAAAUUAAUGAAUCUGAGAUGCUUGCCUCAGGAGUGGAGAGAGUCAUUGAGCAGGUGGUGGACGCCCAGCUCCAGCAGAUCUUCCUCCCUCGCAUUGAAACGGUCGUCAAGGAGUACCUUCACAGUGAUAACACACCAUCCUCCAGUGAUGUCAAACCGGGCAUGGAAAGUGGGUCCAUACCCGCUCAACCUGGGAGCAGUGGUUCUAGUCCUAUGGUUCUUGGAGUUAAAGGAUCUCCUGCCGACAGUCCUCUUCCUGGAUGGAGUGCUGCAAACACCUCUCUGCAGUCUUCAACGUCCUUCCCCAAUCAGCCCCCACUUCCUGGUGAAACCCCAGACCAACCCCAGCCUCCACCCUUGCCAGAUUCAAGUGCUGUCCAGGAAAAGCCUCCUCUACCUCGCUCGAGAGAAGCAUCCCCACCUCCGUUGCCACCAAGCACGAUACCAGAGAGAACCAGGCACACAUCUUCCGUGUCCUCUUCACCGAGUUUGGACUCGAUAUCAUCUGAUCCGCUUAGCAUUGACAGCGAGGAAGAGAAGCCAAAGGUAGUCCCGAAGACCAGUCCACCAAAAACUGCAUCUCCUGCCUCCUCCUCCAAGUCCACUCCAGGAAAGCCAUCUACUGGGAAGGUCGCCCUAGGAAAGAGGAGAGUGAUCCUGAAGAAGGUGGUGGUUCGGAAAGCAGAUGGCACCAAGGUGGUCCGGGUAGUCCGGAUGGACCCCACCAAAGCAACGGCCAAAAGGCUUUUGAUGAGGGCCACAUCAAGAGCUGCCGGUGAUCAGGGUGGAUCACCCAAAGGGAAACCCAUCUCUCUUGCCAAAGUUAAGACAGAAGAGGGUAGACAGCAACCUGAGGAAGAAGACAGUCCUGUCAAGAGCAUCAAACUGCCGGAAGAUGAUCUCUCAGGUGAUGUCCUAGUCAGUCCAUUGCUGGGCAAAAGGAAACAUUUGCCUAUCGACACCAAAUAUUUGAAAGUGGCUGAAGCUCAAGAUCCUCAAGUUGCUCUUCAAGUCAAGGAUGAACCAAUGAGCAGUGGGGAUGAGGAGAAGUGGACUCCCAGACCAGAAAGGCCAAAGCGCAGAGGAUUCUCAAGGGAAGAAAUAGCAGCUGCCCACGAUGCCUCAGACAGUGAUGAGGAAUCAAGGCCAUCCCCUGUGAUUCCCAAGGAGGAGGACAGUCUGUCCAAGGACUUGGAGGAUGUAUCCUCUUCAGGAUCAGACAUGGACUUUGAAGAAGGAACUAGUAGUAACUCUGCUCCAGAUAGAAGAGACUAUUUCCCUGCUGAUGCCUCUGACUCUGACAGUCAUGUGUCUGAUGUUACUGUUAGCUCUGUGCAUACCAGUGACCUUUCGUCAUUUGAUGACAAGAUCAGUUCAUCAUCCAGUUCAUCUUCUAGCAGUGAAGAAAGCGAAGAAGAUACCGAUGACUAUGGCAAAAAGCCUGCAAAGCCAACGGACCAGUCCAGGGCAGAUGCCAAGCCCAUGCUUCUGGCCUCCAAGGAGGAGAUCCUCGACCGAAGCGUGUCUCCUGCAUCAUCCGGUGGAGGGAAGACAUCUCCUAGGCCGGUGGUAGAGGCUAGGUGGAAGAGACAGCACAUGGUGGACAUUGAGGAUGAGGAGACGAAGGCAGACAGGAGGAAGAGGGCGGAUACGAAAGUUUGGAUUGAUCAGCAUCACCAAGCUUCUGGAUCCAAAGCCAAGAAGGCGGAGGCUAAAGAAGAGAGAGCAAAGCGCAGGCAACAAAUGAAGGAGGAGAGAGAACAUCUGAGGGAAAGUGCUACAAGUCCAUCUCAGAUAGAAACCAGGAGACAGAGGAGAGGGAGAAGUGAAGACGAAGGAGCCGAGAGCAAGCCUUACACCAAGCAGCAGCUCAAGGAACAGAAGCUCCAAGAGAAGCGACGAGAAGCCAAGCGCCAGCGCAGCCUCCUAUCUCAGAGUGAAGACAGCCCUGCAGCACUGGACUCCAAACCCAGGAGGGAGACCGAGUGGACAGCCCCGCGUAUCCUCAGACAGGACUUCCUCAUCAAGAAGCGACGGGACUCCCAGAUUCCUUUCCAUCACCUGCUCACCUUGGACAUGGCUUACAAGCAGCUUCUGAAGAAGAGUCAGCAGAGGACCAAGUUCAUUGCUAUGAGGGCGAGGGAAGAGAAAGAAGGCAAGAAGUCGUACAGCAGGUUUACCUUCCAUGCUCCAGGCAAGAAUGUCAGAAAGUCCAGAUGGCUGCAAGCAUCGGCAGAGCGGAAGGAGUGGAAGUCAGAGAGAGAAGCGCCAUCCGCACCAGAGGCAGUUCUGGAAACGGUUGCUAUGGAUGAGGCUGAACAGCAUGAGGAAGUGCAAUGUGCCAAUGAAGAGGAUAGGCUGGAAAUGAUAUCACCUACAAGCCCUGAUGAAGCUCCUCCAGAACCUGAGGAAGACAGUAAGGGUGGUUCAAGAUAUGAGUCUAUCAAAAGUCCUGAAACUGAAUUAGACAUUGAUCAAUUUGGAAAGAGUAGUACGGAUAAGGUUGAUGAGCUAGAGCCAGAGAGAACUGAUAAUACGGUAGACAGUGAUAGACUUAGCAGUGAGAAAGUGGAUAUAGUACUCAAGGAGAAAACAGAAGCUGAAACAGGAUCAGAGUUUGGAAAAGCCAGUGAUGAUACUGCCAAUGACACCACUGAUGUAAAGAUGGAAGAAAACGAAACACUGAGGGUGUCUCCCAGUCAAGUAAACAUUGGUGUCACUGAUACUAAAGAAUGUGAUACUAGUUCGGACAAAGAUAGAAAUAUUAAAGAUGAAGAGAUGGAUGUGGCAACAGACGAGAAGGUAACUCCGGAGGAUCAUCAUGCUGAGGAGGAGGCAAAGUUAGAGGAGGAGGAAAAAGAGGAGCCACAGGAAAAUGAUGACAUUGACAAAGAACAGGAAGUGGACAAAGAGGAAGAAGUACAAAUCAGUACAAAAGAUGAUGAGAAGAAUACUGAUACACCUGCAGAAGACACAGUGCCAACCUUUGUUGUUCUCGAGAGAGAAGAGAUAUCAAGCGAGGAAGGGGAUUUUGAUGACCCUGAGAGAGAUAUCACAGAGGAGCAGGUUUCUUCUGAAGAUAAAUCGGUGAAACUACCCUCCAUAUUCCAACAGACUGAGGCAAUAUCUUCGGAUGAAGAGCUUGAUGAAAUCAUGCCAUCUUCAUCAGGGAAGGACAAGGCCGAUGGGGAUAGGGUAGAGGAGAAAUCGGAAGGAGAGGUGGAUGAAGAAAUCCCACCCCUUGCAGAGGGAGAAUCAAUUACCAAGCUCACCGAAGAUGUAUCAGGAGAUGAACUCUCUGAUACUCGAUCUGUAGAGAAUCCACCAACUCCAACCAUGGAUGAACCGUCCGAGUUUGAAGGAAUUAGAGAAGGGAACAACGAUGGACAGGCAACUAUUCCCAUAGUACUAGUUAGUAAUCCUGGUGGGUCUGGUAAAAGUCUUGGACAUAGCUAUUCCACAGGAUCAUCGAGUGAUGCAGAAGGAACCAGGACAAGGGAAAGCACUCCGAAAAGUGAUGGAAAAAUCCAAGAAAAGAUGGAAGACAGCAGAAAAAAAGAAGAAAUUGAAGAGGGAGAACUUGCAGAAAUGGAAGAAGGAGAAGUUUCAGAGGAAAAGGAGCAGACAUCAGGUCGUGGGUCACGCUACAGAAACACUAGUGGUCAAAGUGAUCCUCCGGAGGAAUCAUCUGGGUAUGGAAAGCGCCCACGCAGGAGAACCUUCUCCCCACAUCAAGGCAAAGAUGAUGAGUACUUGUACUUUGGUCUUGGAAAGCGGACACGGCGACAGUCACCAACACCACCAGCCCAGUCUCCUACUCCUCCGACACAAGGAGCUGCCCAAAGGAAACCCCUCACCAGGGAACGUUCAAGAUCUGGCGGGAUGGCAGCUGGCCAGGCCAAAGACUCCCCAGGACCUGUCAAGGAGCAGGAGGAGAGGGUCCCUUCAGCCCCGACAGAACGUCGAUCAUCCCGCUACUCCAGGAGAGUGUCACCUCCUAAUAGGUACUCACCAAGCGAACAGAGGACAACACCAAAGGGCAAAGGCCAAGGCGGUACUACCCCACCAUCUGCCCCAUCUACAUCAUCGCCUUCACCCUCACCACAUGAAUCUGACCAACCGUCUGAACCCCAGCAGCCACAUCGUCACUUCACCCGACGGAUGAGUGGGCGAGACGAGGAGAAGAGGAGGCCUCAUCGCUAUGAAGACAUGUAUUACUAUGACAACAAGAGAUCAAGAGGUAACACCAAUCAAGCACCUGCUUCAGGUAAACCAGUGAGAAGGACAUCGGGAGAAGAAAGGAAAAGGAAGCGAUAGAUGAUGAAUUAGAAAUGAAAAUCUGGGCACCAUCUCAUAAUACUCUCAAAAGUUCAAAUUCAUUGACAUCCCAUUGAAAACAUGUUUUAUUUUGAUGUAAAGGUUCUGUAGGACGUCAGCAAAGUUGUGCUUCUGAUUUUCAUGAAACAAUGCUCUGAUUCUGAGAGAUUGGACAAAUAAUCUAAAGGAAAGUCUGGGGAUCAGUGAGUACAUGUACUUUUGAAAACAAAAAAAUGUACCUGAAUUGCUGUUCUCAUAAAUUUGAUAAAGGUACAUGUACAUACAUGCAUGCUUCACAGUGCUUUAUUUACAUUAAACAUGUGUAUAGCACAUGUGAUUUUUGUUUUAAUCGCAUGGUAUUGCAUUGUUUUGUAUAUCCAUUAAGUGCUAUACAUCAAUGCUGCUUUGUCAUGUCUACACUACAGGUACUUGUAUAGACAAUCUGGAGAACUUUUACAAUUUUCUUAAAUAUUAUUUUGAUUUUAUUAAGAGAAAAGAAAAUUCUUGUUCGAGUGUCAUGAAGUUUGAUGUUUCUGAAAUAGAAUUGCCUUUUCUUUUAUACAUGUGAUUGUAUUCCAACUUUGUUAAUUUGAUGCCCUUGAAAAAGUAGUUCAUCUUUCGUGUUUUGAAAUCCUACUCAAAUCACGAAUUCUUUUAGAUUUAACAAAUAAAAUUUCUCCAGUUGGUCAUUAUAAAUGAAAAAUAACUGAUUUGACAAAUGCUAUUAUUCACUUCAAUUUUUAUAAAGCUGGAGCUGAAUGUUAUAACUUGAAUUUAAAUACGAAUAUUCAAAAUAUUGGAAAAAUAUCCUUCAUGUUCUAAUGAGCUAUUAUUAAAAAAAAUUGUUUUGGAAUCCUUUUGCAAUGGCAUCAUUUUGAAUUAUUUUCAUUCAAUAAUGUACAAUUGACAGCAUUUGAAUAUAACUUAUUUCACAUUUCUGUGAAUAAAAGAAUUACCUUGUUAUGCCUGGACUUACAAUUUUUCUUGUGAUGUGCCAAACUUCUUGGGAAUCGAUCAUGAACAAUUUCCUAUUCUUUCUCAACUGAAUCAUGAAGUGUGUAUGCAUAAUGUUUACUAACAGAAUGUAUAAUUUGAGAUAGAUAAAAUGAUAUAGAUAUACAUGUACGUGUAUGCUUUAAUGGCCCUUGAAUGUUGCAUAUAUGUGGAUAUAUCUUGCGCCCCCCCCCCCUCCCCCUCUCAUGGACCAACAAGUAAUCCAUGUACAGUAAUACCUUGUUAGAAGGAAAUCAGAUUUUAUUUUGGUUUGUUUCAUGGUCAUAUAUUCUCCGCUGCUCUCCGAUUAACCUCUAAUCAUACAAACUAGACAUAUGAAAUCAAUCUGGAUAUUUCAGUAUUAUAUGUCAGGUCCAGUAAAUGCCCAAAUGUUGAAUUUGCCUGUGCAACAAAGUACUGUAUAAAUGUGUAAGGUUACACAAUGUGACUGAUUUAAUGUUACUGUGUUUUGUAAGAUAUUAAAUAUCAUUUAAAUGCAA